AUGUCGUUCAGUUUCCAAGUGAAAGCCAAGGCCAAGAAGACGCCAUUUCAGCGGGAUGAUGCGGAGGCGGCCAAGGUGUAUGAGGAGUUUGUGAAGGAGUUUGCCGGGGACGAUGGGGGCGGGCCGGCGCCGUCUCAGGACCGAGGGGAGGGCGGCCCCCGUGGGCCCAACUCCUUCAUCCGCGGGGGCACCAUCCAGUCGGGGCAGCGCCCCAGCACGGGACCCGCAGUCCCCGCCGCCGACGGCGGCGGCGGCGGCCCGCCGGGGCGCAAGCCGGGCGGCCGCUACGUGCCCUCCUUCAUGCCCCCCGGCAUGGCCGCCGCGGUGGGCAAGGAGGGCAAGGAGGAGGCGGGCGAGGCGGGCGGCGGCGGUGGCGGCGUCAAGGAGGAGGAGCCUGUGUUCCACCUGCCCGGCAGCAGCACCAAGGGCAAGCCGCGCGCCAUCGACGCCCUGCUGGCCAACCUGAAGCGGGAGCAGGAGGAGAGGGAGGCGCGCAAGGAGGCGGGGCUGCCGCCACCCAGGGAGGACAAUGGUCCCGCCGGUUCCUUUGACAGUGGCGACCCCUUCACCACCAACCUCUUCAUCGGCAACCUGGCGCCAGACUGCGACGAGCAGGCACGCAGCGCUGCCGGUGGGGGGCCGUGCGCCCUGCUGUGGCGCGGGCAGGCGGCGCGGGCGACAGCCCAGCGCAGGGUGCUGAUGCGUGAGUUUGGUCGCUUUGGCCCGCUGGGCAGCGUCAAGGUCAUGUGGCCGCGCGACGAGGAGCAGCGGCGGCGCGGGCGCAACAACGGCUUCAUAUCAUUCAUGGUGGGGCAGGAGAAGCAGCAGAAGCGACACUGGCACCAAAGUCAGCAGGAGGGGCACGGCCAGCAGCGAGACCGUGGGUGA